GCUCCUGUCUUUUCUUUUUCAUCAAGGUAGAUGUCGACAUUGAACAACGAGCAAUCGCAUCAACGGCAAGCCCCGCCGCGGGAGCGGUGCUGGUUAACACUGCAAUCCAGCAGAACAUCACCCCACUCCAGCAACAAAUGGCGGAACAGAGCCAGCUUUUGGCCUCCAUGGCCAAAGUAAUGACAGCUGGCCAAAAUCCGGCAGCCACCAUUCUGUCGCCAGCCGAGGCGGGGGCGGCAUCGGUUGCACCAGACAAGGCAAAAAGAAGCAAGGAAAAAAGGAAGAAGAAGGACGACAGCUCAAGCUCAAGUUCCUCAUCGAGCAGUGACAACGAGGCACCGGAGUGGUUGCGGUGUACCGUAGUGACAGGAAAUGGUCGUGAUUUUAUUGUUCGAGACACCCUCAAAAUUACACCCGAAAUUAUUUGUGAAACUUUUGAAUUCGGAAAGCUGGCUUUAGCUUUGCUGGUGGAGGUUCCACCGAAAGUGAAGGGUGCUAUGAAAGUCCUCAAGCCUAUGAUCCACCGUGCAGGUCGGCAUGGCAGUCACCAACACCCUUUCGGCAUGGCGGUCACCAACACCCUUGCGGCUGAGCCGCGCAUUGGUCUUGCGGCUGCAGACAUUUGUUUCAGCAAUUUGUGCAAUGAGGACAAGUUCCGGGACAAGACCAAGCCAGGAAAAUUAGUAGAUGGAGUUAAGGAGCAAGUGCUAAAGCGUGCUGCCAGCCGCACAGGCGGCGAUGGAGCAGGUGGCUCACGAGGAGGCAGAGUGUGCGGCAGCUCUGGACACGACUACAAGAGGCGCGAUGACGAUGCUGGCCAUAAUGCAUGA